GAAUUCAAAUGCGAACUCGUUCUCCUCGUGUAGGCUUCGCACGGUGGUUUUCAAAGACAGAUGCACCGCUAGGUGGGGAUAGAAGGUAAAGCGACUUUGAAAUUGAUUGUUGCGCUGGAAAGCACGGCACACGUGAAACUGGAGCCCAGCGGCAGGUUUGCAGGACUCUCGCUGGAUCUGAAGAACUAGAAGAAAAGUAUCGUGCGGCUCAAGCACACAUCCUGACGGGUCAAGCAAAGGUCAAUACUUUUGAAAUUAAAGCGGAUUAUCAUCCUACCAACAUGGGCGAAGAACACUGACAUUUAAAGAGGUGUCGAGCUGGUAACACCCACCACGCUUCCCAGGCUCAGUCAUCAGGGGUUCAGUCUCUUCAAGAGGAACCUGCUCCAAAUCACCAACACAAUCCCAGUCGAGGCAAAGCGUGGGUCGCAAAGAGGGACCAUGAGAUCCGGAUAGUUUUUCCUUGCAGUGUUUGCCAUGCCAGACACGAACAUCCCAGAAUUCGGAAAGGUUGUUCUGACUUCGGGAAGUCUGUGAGGGGUAAAUUGCAUUAGUUAGUCAGAGGGUUCAAGUGGAAGCAAAUAUUUAUAAUUUACCUAAGGUAAACGUGUCGGAGUUUUAUUUAAGCAUAUUCGUAAAAGUGCAUUUGGCAAUACUGCUUAAAAACUAAAAGUGGCUGAAAAAGAAGCGAUCAGAAACUCUUCACAGGACAUGCUCUAUCAUCUCAACGGAUUACCGACAGCUCAGUCCUCUUAAACCGGAUGCACAAAAGGAAUUAAAUCACUCAAAUUGCUUCCUCGUUGGAUAAGAUCACAAUUUGCACUUAACAUCAACAGAAGCGUCAUAUGCUGAUGGCUCAACGGUACGAAGACCUUGCCCACUAUGGUGGCGGUAUGGAUGGAGUUGGGGUUCCGACGUCGAUGUACGGGGACCCGCACGCACCUCGGCCCCUGCCGCAGGUUCACCAUUUGAACCACGGGCCACCGCCACAUGCCAACCAGCACUACGGGGCCCACGCACCGCACAGCAUCAUGCCCAGCAGCAUGGGCUCGGCUGUCAACGACGCACUUAAAAGAGACAAGGACCAAAUUUAUGGGCAUCCGUUAUUUCCGCUUCUGGCGCUGGUGUUUGAGAAGUGCGAGCUGGCCACAUGCACACCGAGAGAGCCCGGAGUCGCUGGAGGAGAUGUGUGCUCAUCCGAUUCAUUUAACGAGGACAUCGCUGUGUUUGCCAAACAGAUUCGGGCAGAGAAGCCGUUAUUUUCUUCUAAUCCAGAGUUGGACAAUUUGAUGAUUCAGUCAAUACAAGUAUUACGAUUCCAUCUUUUAGAACUCGAAAAGGUGCAUGAACUUUGCGACAACUUCUGCCAUCGGUAUAUUAGCUGUUUGAAGGGCAAAAUGCCCAUUGACCUGGUCAUUGAUGAACGGGAUGGAUGCAAGUCCGACUUCGACGACCUCUCAGGAUCCUCGACAAAUCUCGCAGAUCACAAUCCAGCAUCCUGGAGAGACAUGGACGACGCUCACUCUACUCCCUCAGUCGGCACCCCAGGACCCUCCAGCGGGGGACAUGCCUCUCAGAGCGGAGACAACAGCAGCGAACUAGGAGAUGGCUUGGAUAACAGCUUGGCAUCUCCGGGAACUGGGGACGAGGACGACCAAGACAAGAAACGGCAGAAGAAGAGAGGAAUCUUCCCCAAAGUGGCCACCAACAUCAUGCGGGCGUGGCUCUUCCAGCACCUCACGCACCCCUACCCGUCGGAAGAGCAGAAGAAGCAGCUAGCGCAGGACACAGGCCUCACCAUCUUACAAGUGAAUAACUGGUUUAUCAAUGCUCGAAGAAGAAUCGUGCAACCCAUGAUUGAUCAGUCCAACAGAGCAGGUAAAGUGAUGGUUUAUUUUCUACCAUCUUUACUAUCAAUGUGUGCAUAUAUCACAUAUGUAUUGUUUUUUGUAUGUUUAGUAAGUCAAGGAACCGCUUAUAGCCCCGACGGUCAGCCUAUGGGUGGCUUUGUGCUCGAUGGCCAACAACACAUGGGUCUUCGGCCUGGCGGUCCCAUGGGAGGAAUGGGUAUGAACAUGGGUAUGGAUGGACAGUGGCACUACAUGUAAACGCCUCCCCGCUUCCCAAAACCAUAAACGUUUUGAUGGUGGCCUCAGGAAUAGUCCCAGUGCUGGCCAGAGGCAUGAGGAGUCACAUCUCAUUCAUCCUCACCUGAUCACGCCCCUGUCCGGUCACCUCCUGUCUUCACGAGACCUCCCGGACCCCUCAUCAUCUGGCCAUCAUAUCUCCAGCCAAAGGACUGUCUGCAGGAGCACCAACAUUACAACAACAGACUUGAAGCAUUUGUGCCAAAAGAGAGACUUCUGAAAAGACAAUUGGAGAUCUUUUCUUUUUAAAUUAUUUAUUUAUUCUUGUUAUACCGUCAAGAAGCACGGGGACCACACCAUUUGUGCACUUUUGCUCAACCAUAGAGUGGCCGCCCCAGACGCAGAUAAUUCCAUACCUCCUCACCCACAAGUGCACACGCUCAUAUUAAACGCAUUUACCGGUGGAAUAUAGUAAAAGAUGCUAAAUGCCCCCAAGAACUGAAAUGUGAGUGUAUGAUGAGUUUUUUUUUUUUUCUUUGGGAAAUGUUCUAUGUUUGGGUUUGUGUCAUCGGCUAGUUUUUAGACCUUUGCAUUUAUGAUUCUACAAAGCUUGAAGGAAAUGAAACCACUUGGUGGGAUCAUUAUGGCACACAUCUGACACAAAAUCCAGUAUUUGAAACCACAGAGUCUUCCCCACAUAAGAUGUUUUGAAAAGCAUCUUUGAGGAAAUGAGUUGUGCGUUUAUUUGUCGAAUUGGAGAGCAACAGUGCUCUUGUAAGGCUAAAUAUGCCUGGAGGAGUUUUUAAAACCACUAGAGAUGUUCCAUUGUACAUAAUUAUGUAAAUGUUAUUUGUAAAACACAUCAAUGUCAAUAGGCAUUCAGUCGAGAUCCUUUAAAAAUGGAGAUGGGAUAUUGUUGUACAUUUUGGUCCGUUCUCACUCUUGCUUUUCUCUAUGGAAGAAGUCGAUUAUAUGUUUGUUGAUGUACUGAUAAGUUUGAUCGAUCCUCCCGCUCUGUCCAUUUUUUCCUUUUAGGAGUCUUUUAAAGCAGUACAGUAUUUCUACACAGUCAAAAGUCGAAUUCUUGUAAUAAAUGCUUCAUUUUCA